AUGGCACCUGGGAGCUCGUCUCAGCCCCCACCGGCGUCUUCUCAGCCCUCUCCUGCUUCGUCUUCGCGGAGGCGAGCACAUCGCCGUUCGACUCGAGCAGCCUCUCCCGAGCCUCUCUCGCCUGAAAUUGAAUCCCUCUCGGAUACGGAUUCCGACAACGAUAAUACUCCUCUUGAUGCAACUGAGAUCCGUGUCAAUCAGGCCAAGGAGCAACGCUUUGAGGAAAGUCGGAGCAUGUACCGGACCAAAUCGCAACUCUAUCCUGAGCUCAUGGCACCGCGCACGACUCCUUUGGAUCAGCGAUUCUUUACCGUUGCGGCUGCCGAGAGGUUCCAGUCGCUUCGUCGUCGUAAGUUCAUCACUCAGCAUCGGAUCUCUCUCACCGAUGUGAACAUGCAAGAUGUCAGGAACGUUGUGCGUGGAGCAGGGCUACUUCACACACUCACUGAUGUAGAUGCGUACCAACCCACUAUGGUUAAGGAGUUCAUUGCAAACCUCCAAGAUGCUGAGGAGCGAGAUGUUGGAGUUGCUGUGUAUUGCAGAGGAUACAUGAUUGACUUCUCUUCAAGUUUAAUCAAUGAUAUCUACUGUGUGCCUGGUUUUGAGGAUGACCCGAAUUGGUUGGGUGAAAACAUUGAUGAGGUGUGUGGGUUUCUCACUGAAGGUCGCAUCAAUCGAUGGGAAAACAUGAGCUCCAAGUUCCUUACUCGCACGAAUCAAGUGCUCUACAAGUUGGUCUGCACGAACUGGAUGCCUACUAUGAACUACACUAACAUGAACCAAGAUCGUCUGAAGUUUGUGUACAUGCUUCAUCACAACGAAGACGGGUUUCAACUUCGGGAAGCUUGUCUAUGA